AUGAACAGACGCACAUCCGGAACCCUCGACGAGCCAGAGGAUGCUGAGCUAGACGCCUACAAGGCGGAACUGGACAAUGCCAAGAACGUGCCAGAGCAGCUGUUUGGCGACAGCUUCCUCCGCUUGAGCCAUACAGACAGCGGGGUGUGCCUGGAAUUCACAGCCCUGGAUGCAUUGCAUACCUGGCGGAAGGACGACCGGCCUCCGGUCCGCGUGGGUGCAGCCGAGGACUGGCUGAAAUCCAGGCAAAAGGAUGUUGAAGCCAGUGGAGCUGUCUCUUUUGAGUAUGACUGGACAUACACCACCUCCUACAAAGGCACUCUGCGCGUCGAGAGCAACGGUGAAGCAAGCGUGUCUGGUAGGAAAGCAGAGUGGGUCCCCACGAGUGAGCAGAUGGACCGGUCACUGCUGAUGGCGCGCGAUCCGAUCCUCUUCUUCGACGAGGUGCCGCUGUAUGAGUCAGAGCUGGAUGACAACGGCGCCUCCCAGCUAGCCGUCAAGGUGCGGGUGAUGCCGGAGUGCUGGUUUGUGCUGCUGCGCUUCUGGUUGCGCGUGGAUCGAGUACUGGUGCGGCUGUAUGAGACGCGGUACAUGGCCGACUUCCGCGCCGGGCCGGGGCAGCCGCAGGUCACGCGCGAAGUGCGCUGCUGCGAGGGCACCUUCAAUGCCCUGCACGCCGCCGGCGCGCCACCCGAUGGGCCGGCAUACAAAGACGCUGACAGCGCCUCAACUGCCUUGCAAGCUGCUGCUCCCAUCGGCGUUACAGAAUUCCGCACGGAGAAACUCCAAUUGUCAGCCAAUCUCUAG